AAAUGAAACCAUUCGACCCACAGGACGAGUAUAGUAAAAACAGCGAGUUAAGGGCGGAGGACGUGAGGGCUCUGCAGGAGUGGACCGAGAAGCAACCCCACAUGCCCCCCAUUCCAGAAAACAUCCUGAUUGUGUUCCUGCGCGGUUGCCAUUGGGGCUUGGAGCAGACCAAAGCCACCAUAGAGAAGUUCCUCACGUGUCGGAGCGCCUGGCCCGAUUUCUUUGCGAACCUGAACCCUCGCGUACCGAAUCUGAAAUCCGCGAUUGGUCAAAAUCUAGUAACCUUCCUACCAAUGGAGUCCAAGAAAGGCUACAAGCUGCUCUACUACAAAUUAAUGGUCGCGGACUCUGCCAGAUUUAAUCCCCCGGAAGUGGUAAAAUUAACAGACAUGGUUAUCGCACUGGAAACAUUGGCAAAAGGCACUUAUGACGGUUUGGUAUUAGUUUACGAUGUGAAUGGAUGUGAUGCAGCUCACAUCCUCAAAGUGCGCCUCAUGGAUUCGAAACGGUUUCUAGGAUAUGCGCAGGAUGCCUUACCAGUUAGACUUAAGGCAAUCCACAUUGUUCUACCUGGGAAGUUUUCCGAGCUAGUGGUACCCAUAGUAAAACCGUUUAUGAAGAGAGAGUUCCUAAGGAAUUUACACUUUCACGACUCCUACGAGUCGUUGUUUAAGCGCAUUCCCCAGGAAUCGUUUCCUAAGGAAAUUGGCGGGAAGCAACCCACCCUUAAGGAAUUACACGAAAACAUGGAAAAGUCUCUGGUAGACAACGCAGACCUCUUCCUGAACGUGGAGGGACUCGUCGCAAACGAAGCGCUACGAGAUCGUAGCAAUUUAUCGGGUGAUUCAGAUUUGGAAGUUGGAGUGCAAGGAUCUUUUAGGAAAAUUGGCAUUGAGUAGUCCACAAUUACUAUAUUUAAUGUUAAUUAAUGUUAAUUGUGGUUUUGUAAGUGAUAUGACGUUAAAAAUGCAAAAUACCAAGUGAAUCAUUA